AUGCCCGCAGUGAACUCCCGGGAUUUGGGGCGGGCUGCUGCGGCGACAUGUCUGACAGCGGGCGCUCUGCUGGCGAUUCAGGUGAUCAGAAUCAAGCGACGUCGUGGGCCCAAGGACUUCAAGGACUACGUGCCCCUGGAGUCUUCCCGGGCCGAGGGUGAGGACUGCACCCGGGACCGCUUCUCGCAGAAGAAGCUCCCGAAGAGCAUCGAUGUGGUGGUGGUGGGCUCAGGGAUCGGAGGUCUGUACCUGGCUGCCCUGCUGGCAAAGUCUGGCCGAGCGGUGCUGGUCUUGGAGCAGCAUUACGUCGCUGGCGGCUGCACGCACGAGUUUACGGACAAAGGGUGGACCUUCGACACAG